AUGGGGAUGCAUAGAAAAAGGGAGACUCCCAACUCCAAUGUCCAACAGAAAACCUGUGCAACAGAGAAACCCUACCGAUGUCAGGAAUGUGGAAAGCCCUUUAGUCACAGCUCAGCGCUCAUUGAACACCACCGAACGCACACAGGAGAGAGACCUUAUGAAUGUCAUGAAUGUGGAAAAAACUUCCGAAACAGCUCAGCACUUACUAAACACCAAAGAAUCCACACUGGUGAGAAACCCUAUAAGUGCAUGCAGUGUGGGAGGACCUUCAACCAAAUUGCCCCAUUGAUCCAGCACCAGAGAACUCACACGGGUGAGAAGCCCUAUGAGUGCAGAGAAUGUGGGAAGUCCUUCAGUUUUAGGUCCUCCUUCAGCCAACAUGAGCGGACUCACACAGGCGAGAAGCCUUAUGAGUGCAGUGAAUGUGGGAAGGCCUUCCGGCAAAGUAUCCACCUUACCCAGCACCUGCGAAUACACACUGGGGAGAAGCCCUAUCAGUGUGCAGUGUGUGGCAAGGCCUUCAGCCACAGCUCAUCCUUGACUAAGCACCAGCGAAUUCACACUGGUGAGAAGCCCUAUGAGUGUCAUGAGUGUGGAAAAGCCUUUACCCAGAUCACACCACUGAUUCAGCAUCAGAGGACACACACAGGAGAGAAGCCCUAUGAGUGCAAUGAGUGUGGGAAAGCUUUCAGCCAGAGCACACUCCUGACUGAGCAUCAGAGGAUUCACACUGGGGAGAAGCCCUAUGGGUGCAACGAGUGUGGAAAAACCUUCAGCCACAGCUCAUCCUUAAGCCAGCAUGAACGGACCCACACGGGAGAGAAGCCCUAUGAGUGCAGUCAGUGUGGCAAGUCCUUCCGGCAGAGCACACACCUCAGUCAACAUCAGAGGAUACACACGGGGGAGAAACCCUACGUCUGCAGUGACUGUGGCAGGGCCUUCAGCCACAGCUCAUCCCUAACAAAGCACCAGCGAAUCCACACUGGGGAAAAGCCCUAUGAGUGUAAUGAAUGUGGCAGGGCCUUCAGCCAGCUCACUCCACUCAUUCAGCAUCAGAGGAUCCACACAGGAGAAAAGCCCUAUGAGUGUAAUGAGUGUGGCAGGGCCUUUAGCCAGAGCUCCCUACUCAUAGAGCACCAGAGAAUCCACACCAAAGAAAAGCCAUAUGCAUGCAACGAGUGUGGGAAGUCCUUCAGUCACAGCUCAUCGCUGAGCCAGCAUGAGAGGACACACACUGGGGAAAAACCAUAUGAAUGUCCAGAUUGCGGAAAAUCCUUCAGGCAGAGCACUCACCUCACGCAGCACCGCAGGAUCCACACUGGCGAGAAGCCAUAUGAGUGCAGGGACUGUGGGAAGGCCUUCACACACAGCUCUUCCUUGACCAAGCACCAGAGAACUCAUACUAGGUAG